AAAUCUUAUAUUUCUUCAGAUUAUCUUUAUAUGCCUUAUCUGUGAAAUUAAUGAAGAAAAUCAUAAAUUUCAGUAUUCUGCUCUUAAUGUUAUUCAAGUGACAGCAGAGUGCACUCUGAUCAUACUUUUUAAGUAUAGUAUUAAGAUAAUAACUCAUUACAGCUAUGUUACUCUCACUGUGAGAGAGACACAGUUGAUAAUAAACAUU